AUGGCUUCUACACGCCGCACGGUGAAGACAAAAAUCAAACCGCCCCGCAAGCACGAAUCAGAAGUAUCAUUGGAUGAAACUUGGUCCCGCCUCUCAACGAAUAUUCGUGAAAUCCAUAACCAGAAUGCAUCAAACCUUUCAUUCGAGGAGAACUAUCGCUACGCCUACAAUAUGGUGCUGUAUAAGAAUGGUGCUGUAUUAUAUAAGGGAGUCUGUCAACUGGUGGCGGAGAACAUCGACAGAUUAGCACAAAGCGAAAUCAUUCCUGCUUUUCCCAGUGGUAGCAGCAAGGAUCCUGUGCAACAAAGUCAAGAGGGAGAGUCGUUACUGAAGGCUCUCAGACGUGUAUGGGAUGAUCAUACUGGCAAUAUGUCGAAGCUUCGAGAUAUUCUCAAGAUCGCGUCUAUACAAAGGCUAAUGAUUGUCCCAGAAAUCUGGGAUGCUGGCCUAGAUAUCUUCUUGAAGCACAUCAUACGACCCCCAAUACAGGACCAUGUCACCUCCGCAGUCCUUAGCUUAAUCCAAAUUGAGCGUGACGGAUAUGUCAUCAGCCGCUCUGUGGUGAAGGAGUGCGUCGACGUCCUUCUGCAGCUGAGCGUCGAUCAUGAUGCCAAAACCGUCUACAAGCGGGAUCUAGAACCAGCUGUGCUUACAGCCAGCGAAACAUUCUAUUCCGCUGAAGGUAAACGACUUCUGGAGACUUGUAAUGCACCAGAGUAUCUGCGAAGAGUCGAGGCACGUUUCGAUUCAGAACAAGCGCGAACGUAUCAUUACCUCUUCUCCCAAACUGGUGUUCCUCUCCGAAAGAUUCUCGAACGCCAUUUAUUAACACAUAAUCUGUCGAGUGUUAUUGGCAUGCCCAAUUCUGGUCUCGAUGUCAUGGUAGACCUCGAUAAAUUUGAUGACCUCAAUCGCUUGUACCGUCUAUUUCUCAUGGUUCCUAGCGGAAUGCCUACCCUAAGAAGGUCGUUCAAGGAUUCAAUCUUACGGAGAGGAAGAGAGAUCAAUCUUGCUUCCGCGAGUAUUGACACUGGCCAAGACGUGGACGAUGGUGACCUUAAUGACGCUGAAAAUACGAAAGGAAAAGACAAGGGUCAGGGUCGCACUGCUACUGGGCCUCCGACAUUGACACUGGCCCUGAAAUGGGUACAGACUGUGCUCGAUCUGAAAGAUAAAUUCGACUGCGUUUGGGCUCGGGCAUUCGAUAAAAAUCGAGAUGUGGAAAGCUCUUUAAAUGAGGCAUUUGAAGACUUCAUCAACCUAAAUGAGAAAGCACCAGAGUACAUAUCGCUCUUCAUCGAUGAAAACCUCAAGAAGGGCCUCAAAGGCAAAACCGAUAUGGAGGUCGAUGCUGUCUUGGACAAGACCAUCACGGUUUUCCGGUACAUAACAGAGAAGGACGCCUUCGAGCGAUACUACAAGAAUCAUCUUGCCAAACGGUUGCUACUGGGCAGGUCGGUCUCCGAUGAUGCUGAAAGAGGCAUGCUGGCGAAGCUCAAAGUUGAGUGCGGGUAUCAGUUCACUCAAAAGCUGGAGGGCAUGUUCCACGAUAUGAAGAUAUCCGCUGAUACCAUGCAAGCCUACCGCAAGUACCUUGAAGGCGUUUCAGCACCUGAAGUGGAGAUCUCUGUGACCGUGAUGACGUCGACUUUCUGGCCCAUGUCGCAUUCUAGUGCAUCUUGCGUUUUCCCCGAAAUUUUAAUUAGGGCUUGCAAGUCAUUCGAGCAUUUCUAUUUUGCCCGCCACUCAGGGCGACGCCUCGCGUGGCAACCCUCGCUCGGAAAUGCCGAUGUUCGUGUUCAGUUCAAGGCCAGGAAGCACGAUAUUAACGUGUCGACAUUUGCACUCGUGAUCUUGCUGCUUUUCGAGAAUUUGGCAGACGAUGGAUUUCUCACAUACGAGGAGCUGAAAACUGCUACUUCAAUUCCAGAUACUGAGCUUCAACGGCACUUGCAAUCCCUAGCAUGUGCAAAAUUCAAGAUUCUCAAGAAACAUCCCCCUGGACGAGAUGUUCAUCCAUCGGACUCAUUUUCGUUCAACAAUGAUUUCACAUGUCCAAUGCAAAAGAUUAAAAUCAGCACGGUGUCCGCCAAGGUGGAAACCAUUAAGGAACGGAGAGAAACUCGCGACCGUAUCGAAGAGGAAAGACAUCAUCAAAUCGAGGCGUGCAUCGUUCGCAUCAUGAAAGAUAGAAAGCACUUGACACAUAAUGACCUCGUCAAUGAAGUCACUCGACAGCUUGCCUCUCGAUUCCAACCCAACCCUCAGAAUAUCAAGAAACGAAUUGAAGGAUUAAUCGAUCGAGAGUAUCUUGAGCGCUGUGAAGAUCGCAAGUCGUAUAAUUAUCUUGUGCGUGUUUGUGAUAUUAACAUGUUUCCCCAUCUCAUCGUUGCCAUUCAGGCAUGA